AUGGAAAAUGUAUCUGUGGUAACAACGUUUGUAUUGACAGCAUACACCGAAAUGGAAGAUCUAAGAUAUGUAUACUUCACAGUCUUUCUUAUGUUGUAUUUGCUGAUAUUAUUUGUCAAUUUAGUUCUCAUUGUAGUAAUCUACAUUGAAAGAGGCCUACAUGAACCAAUGUAUUUCUUCAUGUUUAACUUAGCAGUGAAUGGAAUAUAUGGUAGUACAUCCUUAAUGCCAUCACUAUUGAAAAAUGUACUGUCUCAUACUUAUGAAAUAUCUUUGUCCUGUUGUCUAUUACAGAUCUUUUGUUUACAUACAUAUGGUGUAGUUGAAUUUACCAUUUUAGCAGUGAUGGGCUAUGAUCGAUAUAUUGCCAUUUGUUACCCUUUACACUAUCAACUCAUUGUGUCUCCCAGAAAGGUCUAUGCACUAAUUGCGUUCUCAUGGGUUUAUCCCUGUCUCUGUUUUGGCCUUUAUUUUAUAAUGACUGUACAGCGUACAUUUUGUGACAGGUUCAUAGAAAAGGUGUAUUGUAUCAAUUUUGCAUUAGUCAAAUUGUCUUGUCUUGAUACAUCUGUUCAGAGCUUAGUUGGACUAAUCACAAUUAUCUUUAUGCCUGGUCCUUCAAUCCUCAUGAUACUAUUUUCCUAUGCCCAGAUUCUGAGAAUCUGCUUACAUGCAUCUAAGGAGUGUAAAGUUAAAGCCAUUCAAACAUGCACCCCACACUUACUGGCUGUGAUAAACUACUCUAUUGGAUGCUUAUUUGAAGUCAUCCAGAGUCGGUUUAAUAUGGCUCAUGUGCCUUAUAAAGCUCGCUUAUUUAUGUCCCUUUACUUUCUGAUAUUUCCUCCUGUGUUAAAUUCUGCAAUUUAUGGAAUGAGCAUUCAGGCUGUGAGGGUUCCGAUUUUUAAACUGUUCAGUGGCAAGAAAAACAGGGUGGCUCAGCUUAAGGUCUUGAUGAAUUAG